AUGAAAGAUUCACCAGCCAUUGCGAGGCGGAGGGCACGGCAAGCUCGCCUUCGCGAUGAACGCAGUUACCAUACGUGGAUCGCCACUGUCACAGCAGACAUCGUCCAAAAACCUGUUCGACCGUUGACCGAGGCGGCCUAUGGCCGUAUGCUACAGGAGUGGGAACAAUUCGCGGCAGAAAUGAGCCAGGACGUGUCACCGCUCGAUAUGGUCACAUUGAAGAAGUUCUUAAAGUGGUACUGCGAUGGUAGGAAAGGACGCUUGGCCACCGGGUCGGACGGUGACAAGGAACAGCGAAUCACGCAAAACUCGGCGUACACCUGCUGGAAAAGUUUCAUGACGGCGUGGCAUCGUCGCACCGGCGAAGUCUUCUCCAAAAGUAUUCAGAACACCAUCGAAACGCUGAUCUAUGGCGGAGAUAACAACUGGCUGAAUCUUCGCACCGCUCGUCGACCCACACGAAACUUCACGCUCAUGGACUUUCAGGCUUGUGUGAGACAGCUGUGGCAGAAUGACUGGUACGACUACCGUUGCGAGGCAUACCGAAUCGGACUCCAUUUGAUGAUGCUGAUGCAUAUCGGUACUUCAGCGCGGUCGGCUGAAUACGUGAUGAACCUGCGAUAUCGGGUCGGUCUCCUAUUCGUGUCCUCCGUCGAAGACUCGCUGACGCCUCAGGAUACCAUGUUGUAUCAGGUCUGGUUCGAAGAUCAUGCACAGCCGCAGCUGGUGAUUGAUCUGUGUCGCAACCAUACCAAGGGACUCGCCAAUCUACCCCGUCAACAGCCGGAACAUCUUCUAUACGAGCUGGUCGACUUGCCCUUCUACUACAACGCUGUUGCAUUCUUCGUGGCCAGUCUCUUGGCUGUGCAAGGACUGCGAGACUUCCGAAGCUGGUCAGACGUCUGUGCAGCGUCCAAACCGCCGGAUCGUAACUUCCUUUGCUUGGUAUACACUGAAGACGUGCGGGACCGACAUGUCUUCACCCGAUACACGGAACGUUCAGAGCGUGAGUCCAAAGCCGCGACGUCGCUAGUCAACGCCCUCGGGCUUUUGGGCCAACGGACAGGCUUCCGUGAUAAGCCAACCCCGGGCGCGAUCCGACGCGAAGCACUCUUGCAAGUAGACAGACAUGGCUAUUCUAUCAACGAGAGGAUGCGCCACGCUGAUCACCGUAACGCCAAUACGUAUGGUAGCUACUACCAAAACGCCAUUUCCACCGUCGACGGACAAGCAACGUAUUUUGGCCUAGAGCAACAAUCGCCACGGUUGCAUGAACUCUUUCGUGGAUUUUCCAUCCGACGUGACCAUCAAUACCGGCCAGAAGUGCCUUCCCGGUUGCAGGGUCAGAUGCGCGUUGCAGAAUGUGGGACGGAGGGCCGGACUGCGAUCGAUCAAGCAGAAACGCCCCAGACAGCGUACAGAAAUCGUCGCAGACUUAAAGACAAGAUUCUCCGUGAAGAACGGCAGUCCAGGACCAGCGAAACGGGCUCUGAUCUCGUUUGUGUUUAUGAGUCCGAUUUCCAACAAAGCCGACGCCUGAUGCCAGAGCGAGAUCGACUUGCUGACACCCUCUUUGAGGUUGGAUCAUUGCGAGGAGCCCAAGGGAUCGAUCUCAUGAAUGAUUUGGUGAGCUUGUUCGCCUCUCAGAACUCUGAGACUUACUGUGUUGAACUCAACGGUUCGCGCUCACACUGCGAUACCUGCCGCGUCGCCCGUUCAGCAAUCGCUAGUCAAGACUGGUGGCGCCACGUCUAUCACUGCCGCAAAGAACGAUCCGAACUUGGAGGAGGUUUCAAUGACUUCUGCUUUUUCUGCUAUACCUGGAUUGACCAUGUCGAUGCAUGGGCUGCACACGCCGAUCAGCACAGCCACAAUAUGCCCCUAAAAUGCAGCUUGGCUAUGUUUCGGGGAGCAGUACUUCGCCCAGCGUGGUGUCCGGACUGCAUGAGCCGAACACGAAAACCAGGCGCCAAUGCAAAACGUCUAACACAAUUCUUCAACACGACCGUCUGGAAAGCUCACAUGGACAAACACGUCCACGAACUUCGGUCCGAGCGACACCAGUGCUUGCAUCCACGCUGCGUGCAGCUACCAAGCUAUGCCACGAUCGCCGAGUAUAUUGCUCAUCGUUGGGACAUUCAUCUCAUUCCUGCACCGGACAGCGAUAUGAACGGCUCAGCUCGGUGGGAUGAGGCCUGGAACAACGAUUCUGCUACCGAAAAGGCAUACUGUGCUGCGGCAGGCUUGAGACGUUCUGAUAGGCCAGCAGUCAGCCGGCGCAUUAGGAUUCCUCCACACGUCCCCGUCCUGGCAACUGAAGGCUCUGCUUCAAAUUGCGACGCAGAAGAUGAUCAAGACUGUCGGUAUUGGACAGAUGAAUCUCCAGCGACACAAAAAAGGCUCUCAUUGUCGAUAUCAUCGCCGUCAUCAUGCCAACAAAAAUCGCCAUGUUUCCGGGCUACACCACCGAAAGUUGUCAAUUCCAAAACUAGUACCUUCGAGGUUGUCAUCCCGCCCAAGCCCCCUGGCUGGGAUGACGUUCCUCUUCUUGACUGCAUUGGAUGCAAUGAUAGGUCUACCGAUCGCAACGCCAAUUGCGAGGAAAUCGCUUCGGAUCAUAGCCAUGAUAGGAGUAGAGGGAGUCCUGCGAGACCGUCAUCUCGUGCCACUUCUGACAGCGCAAAGCGUUCAAUGUAUUCAGAAGAAGAGACCAUCUCUGUUGCAGGUGGCAUACAGAAUGCAAUUCCCAGGAAGACAGAGAUGUCUGAGGACGCUAUUCGAAGGAGAAAGGCCAUCACCGAAAUGCAUGCUCGCAUUAGGGAACGGCGUAGACCGCGUAUCAAAUAG